AUGGAGCAAGAUCAGCACGAGAGAAGCCUUUGCCGUCGAAAACGAAUGCCAGUCAACAUCAUAGAGUUUUCUCUCAUCUCCGUGACCGCGUGGGGACUUGGCUUUGCUCGAUAUUUAGCGGAACACAAGGGCGUUGAAAUCAUGCAUCUCUUCAAAAUCUCCAGGGACUUGUCCGCAACGAUGACAGCCAUUUCGGCAAUCGGUUUUAUCAUUCUAGUUGUCGUUACUGCAGCGGUAGCAGAAACGAGCACACGUAGACACAAGAUCCUCCUGCUGCUGUGGAGCCUUAUAUACUCCGUCUGUACAGCGCUUACAAGUAUUAUUUGGUAUCUUGGAGUGCCGCCUCAAGAACACUCGCCCGAAAUCAUACCGACUUGGAAGAAGUUCUGUAUUCUCGCCUCCUUUGUUUUCCAAGACAUUUCACUUGACAUCGUGCAAGCCUUACUAAUCAGCUGGAUAAUCGCACGUGAAAAACACACAGAGCGUGCAAUAGCUUCAUUUGGUAGUCUUUAUCCUAUUGGAUCCCUAGUAGCUUCUGCUUUAUUCCUCAAAAUUGUCGAUGUCGGUGGCAUAUUUACGAUUCCUUCAUUUGUCGUCCCAAUUUUUGUCGCAGCAAUGAUAGUGAAAACGUCGAAGUCUAUGGAUUCAUCAAGCUCGAGUAAUCGGCAAAAGUUUUGCAUAAACUCGCUGCACAUAUUCUGCCCGGACACUCGCAUAAAGAAUCUACAAAUUUGGAGCUCGAUAACCUAUCCAGCAGUAUUCCUCCUUCGCUCCGAAUUGCCCACUUUGUUGACAGAGCUGGACGCACGCAAAGGCGACUUUCAUUUGGCGAAGAGUGAAGAGGCAAGAUUCCUGGUUACAACUGUGUCGGACUCUGGCUCAUUUGUUUUUGCGAUUCUCGUUCUUGUAUUCAAUGCUACAGAGCGAGUGAGGAUUAAAAAUCUCACCGUCGGAAUACACGUGACUUUAAUUAUCGCGCUCAUUUGUAUUUUCCAAUUUCCUGCAAAUGCGAUCAUCUUCACAACGGCGGUUAUCUCGGGACCGUCGACAUUAGUGGUAAUGUUGUUGCCGUUCAUUUUACUCGCACGCGCUCGCAACGGAGACAAGGAAGAGAGACAUGAAUACGUGGUCACCGACGUCGCUGCCAUUAUGAUCUCAUUCAAGGUCGGUGUGACCCUUCUCAUCAUACUUCUCGAUCACAUCAUGUCUUCUUUGAGCAGCCAAUCGUCUUUAGAUUACGAAGAUGACUCCGUCUUCUCCAAGCAAUCUAAUGUUGGAUAUUACUUGAUGAUUGCCCUGCUUACAAUUGGAGGAGCUUUCUGUACCAAGCUGCUGAAGUUUCAUCAAGAUGUCGACGGGAAUGAAGGAAGACUCAUUGAGAGAAAUCAGUCCAACAUUUAA